AUGCCGAAACUCAACAAAGCUGGGCGCAAAGCCCCAAGACCACAGCCGUAUCCGAAAAAGGAUCCUAAGAAAUCAUCAGACACCAUCAAGAACAAGAGUCACCCACAACCCGAUUCUCCCUUUCUCAAUCUCCCAUCCGAGACAAGACUAACAAUCUAUGGCUAUUUUCUCCAGACCAAGCCACACCCGCCCACAGUCAUUGAUUUCCCCGCGACGAGGAGUCAGGCUAAGGCUUUGAUUGAUGGCAAUCUAGUCGCUUCAUUCGCUUCCUUGGAGGAGUCAAGAAAACGCCACGACAGGGAAAUCUCAAUUACUAGGAAGUCCCUCAAUCUGGUCUGCCGCAAGAUUACUGCCGAAUGGUCGCCACUCUUUUAUCGUACCACCACCAUCACCGUCCACCGAGCAAAGACAAAGUGGGUCGGUUAUCAUACUGCCAGGUACUGCAAUCCGCCCAGCUUUGCCCAUGACUUCCUCCGCGUCUUGCACCCUUCAAAGCUAGCUAACAUCAAGAAGAUCGCUUAUGACGUUCCAAAGGACGAUGUACACUUUGUCGCUGACUUUCCCAAACAUCUUGUCAAAUACAUUAGCAAACUCACAUCCCUUGAGUCGCUUUCCAUUCGCUGCGAUCCUCACAAACGAGAAAGUCACCUCUGGAUUUCAACAUGUUUCAUUCAUUCACCAAAAUCUAUCGAAAUAGAUACCUGCGUCCGUCGCGAAUCUCCUGUUACGUCAAAGUGCUACUGGGAAGAUAUCGAGCUAUUCUUCCUUGGACUCGGCAAGAAUAAUACAACCUUGCCAGCCAAGAAGCUGGGCGCAGGCAUUUUUGAGGGCUGGGACCUGAAACGAACACUUUUCCUGAAGACUUUAUGGCAGCCAGAGGGCAGUAACCACUGCGGAAUGAUAGGUGAUGACGUGGAAUUCGUUUUUCAUAAACCCAAAAUGACCGCGACUGGACAAGCAACAGAAUUAACGGUGACUUCUAAGCUGUCUUUGGAAAACUGGAUGGGCAAUCUCCAGCCGGUUGACUCUCGCAACCGUAAUUAUUAUGACCGUGUAUGGUUGUAA